GCGGGGACAGUCAGCGAUGAAGGCAUAGCCGUUUUGCUCAAAGAUGGCGACUUCGCCAAAUAAGAUGAGAAUGACUGAAUCCAUGGAAAAUAAUAAUGUCAUCAUAUCCCAGCGUGAGGAGAGUGACAUAAGUUUAACUUUGGCAGAAAAGAAUCGUACAGGAACAUCUGGGAAAUUAGAUGAUACAUCUGCGCGGGGAAAUAAACAAUCCAAGCCUGUUGUUAAUAAUGAACAAAAAGGAAUUGAAGUGGAACAUCAAGGAGAAAACAUUGAAAACGAAAAAUGUCAUAAUGAAAGUGAUAAAAAGCAAGGGGCAAGUGGAAGUACAAACGUCUGUGAAGAAGGAAAACAGAAAUUUUGGGACGAACUGAGAAAGCAAGUUGAAUGUGGUGAAAACAAAGAAGAUCGUUGGAAGAAGACAAUUCUUUGGCGUGCUUUUCAGUUUAGUCCAGUAGAUCAAAAAAUUGUUAAAUAUUUAGUUGACCAUGGAGCAGACAUUUAUUCCCAGAACGAAGAAGGUGAAACAGUUCUUUGCAACGCGACAAGAAAUGGUUUACUUGAUCUUGUUAAGUAUUUUGUGCAAUAUGGCCCUGAACAUAAUUUUCAAGAUGAUUGCAGAGCUCUCCAAAGUGCAAUACAGUCUCGAUCAUUAGAAAUUGUGAAAUAUUUCGUUCAAAAGGGCGCCAAUGUAAAUGGAAAGGAUUCUGAUGCGGAGACCGUGCUGCAUUUUGCAGUUAGUAAAGGUACGCUAGAAAUGGUAAAAUACCUCGUUGAAAAUGGUGCUGAUUAUACUGAUGGAUGGACAGUAUUGCACUAUGCUGUUAGCGAAGGUACACUAGAAAUGAUAAAAUAUCUUGUUGAGAAGGGAGCUGAUGUAAAAGGUAAAAAUACUGACGGAAGGACAGUACUGCACACUUCUGUUACUAAAGGUAAGCCAGAUAUAGUGAAAUACCUUGUUGAAAACGGGGCUGAUGUAAAUAGCACGGAUUUUGACGAGAGGUCAGUUCUACACAGCGCUGUUACUGAAAGUAAGCUAGAUGUGGUAAAAUACCUUGUUGAACAUGGGGCUGAUGUAAAUGGUAAAGAUACUAAUGGGGACACAGUGCUGCAUUUUGCAGUUAGUGAAGGUACGCUUGAAAUGGUAAAAUAUCUUGUUGAAAAUAACGCUGAUGUAAAUGGAAUUGAUACUGAUGGGUGGACAUAUACUGAUGGAUGGACAGUAUUGCACUAUGCUGUUAGCAAAGGUACACUAGAAAUGGUAAAAUAUCUUGUUGAAAAGGGAGCUGAAGUAAAAGGUAAAAAUACUGACGGAAAGACAGUACUGCACACUGCUGUUACUAAAAGUACGCUGGAUAUAGUGAAAUAUCUUGUUGAAAAAGGCGCUGCUGUGAAUGCCAUUAACAGGAAAAAUACUAACGGGUCGACAGUGCUGCACAGUGCUGUUGCUAAAGGUAAGCUUGAAAUAGUGAAAUAUCUUGUUGAAAACGGCGCUGAUGUAAAUAGACCGGAUAUUGACGGGUUGACAGUUCUACACACAGCUGUUAGUAAAGGUACGCUGGGUAUAGUGAAAUAUCUUGUUGAAAAAGGCGCAGCUGUGAAUGCCAUUAACAGCAAAAAUGCUGACGGGUCGACAGUGCUGCACAGUGCUGUUGCUAAAGGUAAGCCAGAAAUAGUGAAAUAUCUUGUUGAAAACGGCGCUGAUGUAAAUAGCACGGAUAUUGACGGAAAGACAGUUCUACACAGUGCUGUUACUGGAAGUAAGCUUGAUAUGGUAAAAUAUCUUGUUGAACAUGGGGCUGAUGUAAAUGGCAAGGAUCCUGAUAAAUGGAGAGUGCUUCACAGUGCUGUUACUGAAGGUACGCUAGAAAUGGUAAGUUUCCUUGUUGAAAAUGGUGCUGAUGUAAAUGGCAAGGAUAGUAACGGGUGGACAGUGUUGCACAGUGCUGUUGCUAAAGGAGCACACGAAACGGUAAAAUAUCUCAUUGGAAAGGGUGCUGAUGUAAAUGGCAAGUAUAUUGACGGAUGGUCUGUCCUGCACUACGCUGUUUCUAAAGGUACGCUAGAAAUGGUACACUAG